AUGGCAUCUUCAACUGCUAUUCGAGAACUGGAGCACGAUUUUGAGAACAAAGCCAAUGAUCUUAGCAAACUCCAAAAGAACCCUAACGUGGGGUCAAUAUUAACAACAGAUAUUGCAAAGAAUCACUUGGUCAAGAAAAAGCAUACUGUCCAACGUGGCGAAAACGAGCUCGCACUCAAGGAGUUGGAUUUAGUAAAUGAAGGUGCCAAUGUUUACAAGUUGAAUGUUCCUGUUCUUGUGAAGCAGGACUGGGCAGAGGCCGAUGCCAAUGUUCCGAAGAGAAUUGAUUCUAUCUCUCUUGAGCUGAAGAGACUUGAUGUAACUGUUCAGGACUUGGAAGCGAAGCAAAAUAGCAAGAAUGAUGAGGUUUGUCUCCUUUGUUUUUCACCUGUUUUUAGUUGGAAUGAUGUGUCUGUUGCUUUUCUGGCCUACUCUUUGGAUUCUGAUCAACUAUGAUAAUGUAGAUCUUAAAUAUUAUUUUGUGUUGGUGUUAGUUUCUUUCUUUUUUCACCUGUUUUUAGUUAUGCUUGAAUGAUGUGUCUGUUGCUUUCCUGGCCUACUAUGUGGAAUCAACUAUGAUAGCGUAGAUCUUAAAUUUAUUUUGUGUUGAUAAUUGAAUGGGAUGUAUUGUUUGACCUUUUCAUAUCUGUCAAUUGUAUUAUAUUCACAUUAGGCUGUGCUUCUUUAUUGGAAAGAAAUUUAGGGAGUGUAAGAAUAAAGCACAAAAAGGUACAUUGUGUUUUCGCCUACUUUUAAGUUUGGGUAUUUGGAUUGUUUCUUGACAACUACCCUGUGUGCAAGAAGGGGAUAAAUCCCUUAAACACAAUUUAAUUUGGGCUGACAUAGCAACAUUUUGAAUAACUAGUUCGUUGAUAGCUUUAAGGUUUUCUUUCCUUCUUCUGGCUAAUGGAGCAAAACUCAUGGCUGUCUAUCUGGAAAGACAGUGGCCCAAACUUGAAAAUGCAGUAUCACAAUGGUAACUUUUUGUUCUUUGUCCUACUGUUUAAGAUUUUUUGUCUUCUCGUUUUAUUUGGCCAAGGUAUUCAGAAAUAGAAAAGCUGGAGGUAUUGAAACGGUGGAUCCUACUUUCACCCUUUUCACCAUGCAUUGUCAACACUCAUUGUGAGCAUGCAUUUCACAUGUCAACUAAAUACCAAUCUAAACACACAUUAUUUACUUUGAACCUCUAUGCUCUGUGAUCGUGACUAGGGCCUGGCAGGCUGGCACCUUCUUUACUUUAUCACCAACACUGCCUCAAGUUGGUGACUGGGGCGAGCAUUCGGUCAAUUCAAUUUAAAAUUGAAUCGAAUAAACUGAAAAAUAAAAUUGAAGUAUUUAUAAAAACUAAAUUGAACUGAAGUAGGGGAUAAAUCAAUUUAAAUCAAACCGGUCUAAUGGUUCGAUUUGGAUCGGUUGGACUUUUUAAUGAGUUUUUUUUUUUUUUUAGACAUUAUUUUCAGUAUUUUAAGAUUCAAUUGAAAUAUUUCAACCUUUGUUAGGGUUUGAUCUCCCUAUAUUAUCAAAACAACACAGUUUUGUUAACAAAUUGGUUCAGUUCUGUUUCUUUAAUUUUUUUCUGACCAAAACCAUACUGCACUGAAAUAACUGAAUUUUUUGAAAUUUAAAACCAAAUUGAGUCGAAUUUUUGAAUUGAUUCGGUUCAGUUAGUUAUUUUAGUUUAAACCGAAUACUGCUCGCUCGUACCUAUGCAUGAGUUUCGUCCCCCAUUCCCCUACUCUUCUUCAAUAUACACUGACAUGCACACAAACUUGUUUGAGUUAGAAUUGUUGUAGUAUUAUUGGCAUACUGAUGGAAAGGUUGCCGGUUGUGGUCUACUUCAUUUGGCUGAUUGCUCCUUUUAGUUGUGUAUUUCGUAAAAUGAAUUUAGAUUUUAAAAGAUUUUGUGGUCGUUGAAAAUUUUAUGGUCGUUUAAGAUUUUAUGGUCGUUGAAAAUUUUAUUUGUGAGAUUUUUCUGUUGUUGCAGAUUUGAUAUUUAAAUCUAAUAUUAAAUCUGACCGUUAUGAUUUGAUUAUAUUAUUCAAGAUUUUUAUAACAGUUUAUAACGAUUAUUUUUUUCACUAUAAAUAGCCUGCAUUUUCAUAAAAAAAAAACACUUUCAUUUUCUAUUUUAUUUAUUUCCUUCACUAUUUUUUCUGCUGAGUUAUAAAUUAAAAAUAAAUUCUUAUUGUUCUAAUUCUGAAAAUUAAAAUUCUAGAAGAACCUGUUUUAUUUUAGGGAUUGCAAAAUAAAUUUUGAAGGACAGUAUCCAAUACGACUCAAGUUUUAUUAUUUUAUCAUAUUUUUUCAACAAUUUUAAAGAUUUAUUAUUUCAAUGAGGGGGAAGAAAUACGGUAGCUAUGAAUAGAGAGAUUGAAACGAAGAAAAUCACGGUAAGCCAAAACGUGAGACAAGGAUCCAAACAUCAAAUAUUGAAAGACUAAAGCAAUCAUAAUUAUUAAGGUGAAAUGUGAAAGUGGAUAUUACUUUUUAAAAUUCCUAUUAAGGUCAGAUCUUUACUUUUUAAUUUUUGUUUAUUUUGAUUCUUUAUUUCUAUGGCUUUAUGGCUUUAUUAAUUCUUUACUUCUAUGGCUUUAGUUAUUUUUAAUUUAAAAAAUGUUGUAGAAAGAGUGGCAUAAUUUACCUGUAAAACUUUCUAGUAAUUAUUCAUAUGAUUCUAUGAAACUUGAGUGUAGUGAUAUUUAGAUAAAUUCAUUUUUUUUAAUAACUUUGUAAUGAUUAUCGAAAUUCACUCAAUUAACUUUGUAAUUAAUUGGUUUUCAUUAUUUAAAUUGGGGUUGUAUAUUGACAUGAACAUGUCAGAAUUUCACUUCAUCAUGAUUUGAAAUAGAAAUGCUUGAAAUAAUAGCUGACAAACUGGGUAAAUGUUGUUUGAAUAUAAGAAGCAUUAAGCAGGGUUCUACUAUUGAAGUGGUUGCCAAAUAUACUGUAAUGUCAAAAUUGAGAAGAUAAAUGACGAUGAUUUAUAACAGUUUAUAACGGUUAUUUUUAUAACAGUUUAUAAUGGUUAUUUUUAUAACAGUUUAUAAUGGUUAUUUUUUCACUGAAAAUAGUCUGCAUUUUCAUAAAGAAAAACACUUCCAUUUUCUAUUUUAUUCGUUCCCUUCUCAAUGCUUUCUGUUGGAUUAUAAAUUAUAGAUAAAUUUUUGUUGUUCUGAUCUUGAAAAUUAAAAUUUCAGAAGAACCUAUUUUAUUCUGCUGGAUUUCAAGAUAAAUCUUUAAAAACAGUGUCCAACACAACUUCAAUUUUAUUAUUCUAUCCUAUUUUUUCAACAUUUAUUACUUAUAAUACCUAGUACUUCUUUGGCAAGUUAUUCUCCCCACUGAACCUAAGGGUGCUGAGCUGCUGAUCGGGCUUAUAUCUAGGAUAAAUUGAGCUGCUUUAUGGUAUAUGUGAAAAAGAUUUGUGCAAAUCACUUUUGCUUAUGCCUCUUGGAUGAUUUAUAUUUUGGCAGGAUAUGGAGAUUGAUGCUCCAAUUACCUGUAGAUAAGCUUUGACAAGUCCACAAGGAAGCGUUGUGGUGUUUGAGUUUAUUAUUAUUGUCUAAUUUACUAGUAUAAAUUAUAAACUAGUUUGUUUCAAAAAUAUUGUCUAAUCUCAAACUUGCCUUUUCAAAAACUGAACUACCAGCUGCCAGACAUCUUUUAGGGUUUGUCUGGCAUUCCUAUUAGCACUGUUCAAAAAGAAACUUUUGUUAAUAUAUUAGUUAAGAGUAUUAAAAAUUGAUUAAAGAAUACUAAAUUAGGAGUGUGUAGUUUUUGGUUUAAACGGAAAAACUGAACCAAACUGACUGGUUCUGUUUCAUGGCUUAAACAAUUUGGUUUGGUUAGUAACUUUUAUAAGUUUUAGUUUAUUGGUUCAGUUCGGUAAUUCUGUGAAAAAAUUGAACCUAUUGAACCUUAAAACACUAUCUUUUUGCUACAUGCAUAUAUACCUUGUUGCCAUAUUUUACUUGUCCACAACCCACAGAUCAGCAACCCUCAAACCCAUUAAGCUUCUUCUUCUUCCCCACUUUUCUCUAUCUCUCUCAUGCAUCCCUCCUCAAGCACACAAUGGGUUUGGAACUGGUUUGGAUAUUAAAUUAAUUAAACAGAUUUAGAUAGAAUAAUUUUUGCGAAUACCCUACUCGCUAUCAUUCCUAUUUCCUACCAAAGAGACUAAGGAUGUUGGUUUAUACAUGUGCAUGUGUGUAUAUAUAUAUAUACAUACAUAUUUUAUCUAAAAUUAUUUGGGUUAAAAUUAUAAACUUUUUCAUAAAUUUAGAAAAGGAGCUGAGUUACAAAUUUAUCCUUGGUUCUUGAGAGAGCACAUGAAACGAAAUCCAACUGUUUAUGAUCAAGUCUAACGAUAUAGCUGGUGAGUAUUGCGGUAUAAUUGCUAUUUUUGUAGUUAUUUUUCUUGAAUUUGGUAUCUGCAAUUUAAGUAUAAAAUCCCUGGCAAAAUAUUUUAUUGGAGUGGUGAAUAUCUGUAGGCUUCACUAUGGUAGAAAUGGAAAAUUGGUGUGUGAUUAAAACUCAGGAAAGAAACAGAAUCUUGUGCUGAAUACUGUAAAACCCGCCAGUUGGUCUUUUUUUAAGAAGAAAAAAAAUUGAAUUGAGCUAUAGCUAAAACUUCUCUUCAUUCCCACAUAAAUGUGUUUUAGCUCUGUAAAUCUGCAGAAUCCAGUGUACUACGUUUUGGAGUAGUAAUAGGUACUUGCAGACCACUUCCUUGCUAUUACAUCUGUCUGGUGCUUCGUGUAUUAACUUUGCAAUUACAUGGCAAUGCUGCGGUUGUACCUUUCUCUUUUCAAGCGGCUAUUUCUUUUUAUGGCAUAGUGAAUGUGAUUGAUGAUAGAUUGUUAAUUAGAAUUAGGCUGUAUGCAUACAGAUCAUUAAAUUUUUGCACUAGAUUGUGGCUGUCAAACAUUGAAAUGGGUGGUGUUUUCUUUUGCUAUCUUUAUUAUCAGAUGACUUGUAUUUCAUCAUUGGCUUGCAGGAUGUGCUAGUCUACUAUUAAUUCUAGUAGUGUGAAGAUGGCGAGGUCUUGAAACAUGUGUUAUUAGCUUUAUCGACAACAGUAGUAUUCAACCCUCAAAGGUGGCAGAUCUAGGGAGGAAAGCACAUGACAGUUCAAGUUUAUAGGUGUGAUAGUGUGAACAUAAUUAGAAUAGAUUGCAAAUUAUAAAGUUAAUUGAUACUAAUUGAUAGAUAGAUUUUUAUGAGAAUGAUUUGUUACCUUAACAAUGUCUUAUAAUCUGUAUAUAAACACUCUUGUUCAAUAGAGAAAACGACAACCAUUUCCUACAAAUCUAGUUUGUUACAAUGGAAUAAGUUCAAUAAAGAUUAAGUAUGUCUCGUUGGUUGUGGUUUCUCUUUCAGUGCACUGGCAGUACUUACUAUUUAUUUUCAAAGAAUUAGUUAACAGAAUCAGAAAGAGACAGAGGGAGGAGGGAUUAAGUUCAAGGCAUUUCUCACGGAGAGUGGGGUUAGGCUGUUAGAAAGGAGGUUCCAGACUUGAAUCAAUUGCAAAGCUAUGUGGACAGGAUGAAGCAUGUUGGUGAUUUACUAAAUGUCUCUAUAAGCAAGUAUGGUGAUCUUUUGAUCACACUUGGUGCUGAAUUCUGGAAAUUGUUGGUUAUUGGAGACAAAGCUCAAGCGCCACCGGAGGAUCAAAAUUUAAGUGCUCAGUCUCGGUCACAGAGCGCAAUUUUAACGGGAGAUGCUCGGUCUAUCCAAGUAAGUGCAAGGCAUUUUUCCAAGAGUCUUCAAUGUCAUCUGGCUAAACCAGACUUUGGUUUCUAUGGAAUUGUUCCUCCAGGUGGCUUGCUGACAGUAAUAUUUCAAUUCUUCAUUCCUGGAACUCGUCAAACAGAUAAAUCUAUCAGUCUACACUGCAGGAUCGAACUGAAGAAAGAUUUGAUCACCAAUAUGCUUUGUCUAGCUUUGGAGUGUGAUGACAUGAGCAGUCGAAAAUGUCAAAUUUGCAAAAGCAGCCACCUAUGCAAACAUUACAGUCCAGAAAUGAUUUCUAGGACUAAACCGAAGUAGAGUUGUUUUGUUAUUAUUAUCUAAAAUCUUGCCAUGUUCAAUAAUCUGAGGAAGGAUAAUCUUUUUAAAGUGACAAUGUUGUAUAACGUGUCAACCUGAAUUCAUAUAAAUUUUCAAAGUAUGUCCAUUGAGCAAAAUGUAUGAUUCUUUCUAAACUGCC